AUGAUUUCUUUAAACACGCCUAAUGUUACCGGUAAAACAUGCGGCUUGCACGUGAAUGACUUUUUAGAAACUACAAAGUUCGACGAUGAUGAAUGUAAGUUGAAAAAUUACACAUGCCAUUCGGAAGCAACGUGCAGCAGCACCAAUGGGUCAUUCGUCUGUACUUGUAUCAAAGGAUUUACAGGAAAUGGAACGGUUUGCAAAGACGUGGAUGAAUGUGCGUUGAAGACUCACACAUGUCAUCGUCAAGCCACGUGCAACAAUACUAUUGGAUCCUACAUCUGUACUUGUGAUCAAGGAUGGACAGGUGAUGGGAGGAGUUGCAAAGACGACGAUGAAUGUGCUUCGCGAACACAAAGAUGCCACCUUCAUGCUAUUUGUCAGAAUACCAUUGGAUCAUACACCUGUAUUUGCAAAGAUGGGUUUUCAGGAAAUGGAACGGUUUGCAAAGGAUCCCAUCCAAUCUGUUUCUCAGCGAGAGACACGUUGCAUAGCAAGUUCAGCGUUGGAAUGCUGGAUAGACUGGAUGAAGAGGCAUACGAACUCUAUCGUAAAGACAAAUCCACUGAAGACCGCAAAAACGUCGCACAGGAGAUUAUCAAAGAUCUGACCUGCGUAACAAAUCUUGACGCAGUCACGGGUAAAACAAGCCAAAUGAACGAACAAAAUUUAACUGAAGCGGUCCGAAUACUUCAAAAAAUAGUUAAUCUGAACAUUUCUGAUCUUGAUGUUUUGGGUCCUGUAAACAAUAUAUUGGAUCCUAGGAAUGCAGAUGCUUGGAGAACUAUGAAGGACGGAAAAUUAAUCGGCGAUCUGGUAAUGACACUGCAAAAUUAUGCAACUCAGCAAGGAGAAGCCUUAAAAAACGAUGCAUCUAAUUCUGCUAUAUUUUAUAACCGUUCAAACAUCCAGUUACGCGUUGAAUACACAAACCAAAGUCAAUUGACGCCAGAAAGAGGAAUUUUUAAUUUUCCAAAUGCAUCCUUUGUUCUUUCACCUGAUGCACUUGCUAAAGAUUCUGGUGCUGUGGUCGCCGUUGUUUGGUAUAAAACAUUGAACAGCUUUCUAACGGACGGUUUAGAUGAUAAAGAUGAUAUUAAUGGUAUCAUAAAUAGCACAAUCAUCAGCGCAAGUGUUCAACCUCAUCCAAUGAAGAAUCUGGAAGAACCUGUUCGAAUCAGCUGGGACACAAAAGAAUCAACAAAGAAGAACAGAAAAUGUGCUCACUGGAAUCCUGAAUUAAGUGAAAGUGGAUGGAAAACAGCUGCAUGUGAAGAGGUGUUUGAUGAGUCAAAUAAUCACCGCAUUACAUGUGAAUGUCAGGAGCUGGCAGCCUUCGCUUUUGUAGAAAUUUUCAGAAAUUUGGAGAGCCAUCGUGAAGUGAGAAGAUCUAAUGUUCACCCAAUGUCAAUUGUUGGCUGCACAGUAUCACUGGUUUGUGUAUUGCUUACGAUACUUGCGCACGUUUUCUUGUGGAGAAGGCUUGAUGAGAGAGCCAAAAUUCCAUCUAAAGUUCUCAUGAAUCUCUGCGUCGCUAUUGUAAUCGCAAAUAUCUUUUGCAUCAUCGCUGAAUCCGCUCUACAUCAUGAGAAAUUCUGUAUUGCUGCAUCGAUAUUAUUGUAUUUUGCUCUACUCGUUCUUUUUGGAUGGAUGUUGGGCGAAGGAUUUAUCAUUCUCUUUCGACUUGCGAAGGUCUACCUGGUUUCAGAUUAUUGGGGAAAAUUUUUGAAAGCGUUCUACGGCAUAUAUUGGGGUAUCCCAGUUAUCAUUGAUAUUAACGUAGCUACUGGAGUAGACGAUUGGGUGAUUCAUAACGAGUAUGUAUGUUGGUGCCGUAGUGGAAGUGAAGCAUUCUGGAUUUUCAUUGCUUCUCUUUGUGCAAUUUUACUUAUCAACGUCGUUAUCUUUCUCUUUGCCUUCCGACAUGCUUCAUCUUCUCAAGAGUUAUGCAUAACGCAGACAAAAGAGGACACGGCACAUGAACACGAAAGAGAAAUUCUUGGUCUAAGAUGCGCUGCUCUGGUGCAUCUUCCGCUGCUUGGACUCACGUGGUUGUUUGGUUUACUUGCAUUUCAUCAGAAUCAGAAUGCGUUGAAAUAUCUUUUCGUCAUUUUCAACAUCUUGCAAGCAUUGAUGUUAGUCGUUUCUCACGUAGUGUUGAAUCGAAUGCUUCACAAAGCCAUGCACAAAGAAAAGCAAGAUCGUCUUUUCAAACCGACUAAAGGCGUUCCUUCGACAACACGCGAAGACGACGAUGAAAAAGCACCAAUUGCAGUUACAUCAGUGUAAUGUUUCAGAUUCCAUUAUUCGAACAACCAGCUUUAGAUGCCAAAGAAAUGAGUUUGAUGAGCAGUCUACUUGAUGGAGGGUGUGAGAUUCAUUCAAUGAACUUGUAAUAUAUAACCAGGCCGAAAUAUUUAGGUUUUUGUGGGAAUUAAAGUAGAAUGGGUUGCAAUUGGGAAGUGUAUUUAAUUGAAGGUUAAUUCAACUAAACUGAAUAGUGUGAACACACAGUUAGUAUGAAAUUAAGUUCUGGGAUUUUGAUUAUAUUGCUUUUCGUAACUUGACUAUCUUAUUCACAUAGACGUGCACGCCAAAUUAUUAUAUACAAUCUCCGUCAUAUCGCAUGAUUUUGAGAUGACCAACCCUGAUUGAGUUUUAAUCCACUGUGAAAUUUGGUGAACACGUUCAACAUAAGUUGAUUAAUAGCUCAUGAU